AUGGCCUCCCAUGAAAUCCAUCUCCUAGUCUACAACUUUGACAACGAUUUCCUCGAUGUGGUCCUAGACGUACCUGCCAAAGCGACGUUCAAGAGCGUAGCCCGUCUCUUCAACCCGAAGUGGUCUUCGGACCGGCUCAAGGCCCUCAAAUUCUAUGUUCCCUUCCUUCUGAUCCUGAAGAUUCACGUCGCGAACGCACGCUGGGUUCCUUCAUGCGAACCCCACGGCAUACGAAUUCAACGCCUUUUCCCUGAGUCGUUGCUGGACCUCAAAUUGAUGCGAGAGAUCGACAAGGCAAACGAGCUGAUACGGCCGCGGCCGUCCCCGUCCGCUAUGGGAAGUAGCGACUCCGAUGUCAUGAAGGCAGCGCAAGACGACGGAGAAGACGACGCAUUCGUCACUGGACGCCCCUUUACCAACCGCGGGCUGCCAAACACGUUUUUCGCCUCCUCUCUGGCAACAUUGUCCAAAGAGCUGAAAGCUAGCUCCAUAACGCAUGCAGAAAGGCAGGCACUCGUCCUCCUGUGCCGUCGGUUCAUGGAUUUGUGUUGCGCCUUUUACGACAGCGAGGACCUUCGCCUCAACGCCGUCGGAUGCUCGCUCACGCACGACAUCUUCCCCGACGACCCCAAGUACAAAAUCGACACACCUGGGGCGCAAGCAUCAUCCGGCACCGACUUCCGAUGGUAUCUCUCUCUUGAUGGACAAGAGAUUGACUACACUACCCUCAAGUUGAAGAACCAGCGAGGAGGUGGUGAUCCUCGAAUGCAAGCUCAAACUAGGUUUCGAGACCUGAUAUUGCUGAAGGGUAUUGAACGUCGCACCAACUUCCCUGGACUCAUCCUCACGCUGGCCGCCAGUCGCCUGGACAUCGACACCAGCAUAUUCACGGACAGAAUGUACUACGAACACGUCUUGACCAUAGACCUGGAGGUGCCGUUCUGUGCCGAGGACCACAUCGACCGCUUCGUGGAGGUCGUGUAUGCGCUGCGAAAGUGCACCCAAGGGCUCAAACAGCACUAUCAGACCGCGCUGCAGCAAUCCGUGGAUCCCAUUGCGCCCUUCCUCCCGACGCCCACCGGCCUUUCGGCCGAAGCCGUCUCCCUGCUGAACAACCUCAAGUUCGUGAACCGGCUGGAUCACGACGGCGGUAUCCUCACUGUGACGGUCGACAAGUGUAGUCGCGCGGGCCCCAUCUUCCUCGCCACGCUAGACGGCAGGAGGGUUCUGACGAAGUUCGUCGCGCAGGACAAAGAGGCCGCACGAUACAGCGAGACGGCGCACAGGUUGCUCGCCGACGCCGACCGUGCCCCGCCCCUCCAUGGCGUCGUCCCCAUCGUAGGCGGGUACCUCGUCGUCAUGGGGUACGCGGAGGGCGCGCACACUCUUCUCUACGGGAAGCCCGCCGGCUCCGCGAAGGCCGUGAAGGAUGCGCUGCAGCGACUGCAUGGGGCGGGGAUCGUGUUUGGCGAUCUUCGUGAGCAGAACGUGCUGCACGUCCCCGCGACGGAUGGGCAGCUCGCUCGCACUUGGCUCAUCGACUUCGAUUGGGCCGGGAAGGCGCACGAAGCCGUCUAUCCGGCCAUGAUGAAUGACCGCCUGGAUAUCUGGCCAGCGGGAGUGGCUCCUGGAGCGUAUAUGGAGAUUGAGCACGACAGGGAGCUGUUCCGUAGAAUGUUCCCAGAGGCUGUCGAUCUUCACACUGGGUGGUAG